GGAAGGGAGGAAACAAGGGGAGGCCAAAUGAUCCAAGAGGUUUUUUUCCAAUAACAACGGUAAUAACUCAAUGUAUUACUUACAGGGAAGCAGCCAGCACAGCUAUCCUUCCUUGCCCAUCUCUGUGGAAACAAGCUCGGAGAGAAGUCAGGAUUGCCUCACCAUGGAGCAGCUGAGCUUGGCCAACACCCGGUUCGCACUGGACCUCUUCCGCACCCUGAAGGACAGCGACCCCUCUGGGAACAUCUUCUUCUCCCCCAUGAGCAUUUCCUCAGCGCUGGCCAUGGUCUUUCUGGGGAGCAGAGGCACUACCGCCGCACAGAUGUCCAAGACUCUUCACUUCAAUGCGGUGAAGGAGAUUCAUUCCAGUUUCCAGAGUCUGAAUGCUGACAUCAACAAGCGCGGAGCUCCCUAUCUUCUGAAACUUGCCAAUAGGUUAUAUGGAGAGAAAACCUAUGAGUUCCUCCCUGAGUUCUUAGCUUCAACCCAGAAAAUGUAUGGAGCUGAACUGGCCAAUGUAGAUUUUCAGAAAGCCUCUGAAAAUGCAAGAAAGGUGAUAAAUGAGUGGGUCAAAGGCCAGACUGAAGGUAAAAUUCCAGAAUUGUUGGCUGCAGGCGUGGUUGAUAAUAUGACUAAACUUGUGCUAGUUAAUGCCAUCUAUUUCAAAGGAAACUGGCAGGAGAAAUUCAGUCAAAAUGCCACAACGGAUACACCUUUCAGAUUGAAUAAGAAAGACACAAAAACAGUGAAAAUGAUGUAUCAGAAGAGCAAAUUCCCAUUUGGCUACAUCAAGGACCUUAAGUGCCGGGUGCUGGAGCUGCCUUACCAGGGCAGGGAGCUCAGCAUGGUCAUCCUGCUGCCAGAUGACAUCGAGGACGAGGCCACGGGUCUGAAGAAGAUUGAAGAACAGUUGACCUUGGAAAAACUGCAGGAGUGGACCAAACCUGAGAAUCUGAGUUCCAUCGAAGUCAACGUCCACCUGCCCAAGUUCAAGCUGGAAGAGAACUACAACCUCAACUCUCACCUGGCCAGCCUGGGUAUAGAGGAUCUCUUUACUAGCAGGGCUGAUCUGUCUGGCAUGUCAAGAGUACUGGAAAUCUUUAUAUCACAAAUUGUCCACAAGUCUUUUGUGGAAGUAAAUGAGGAGGGUACAGAAGCAGCAGCUGCCACAGGAAUUGCCACCUUCUGCAUGCUUAUGCCAGAGGAAAAUUUUGUGGCGGACCAUCCAUUCAUUUUUUUCAUUCGACACAAUCCCUCAACUAACAUCCUGUUCUUAGGCAGACUUUCUUCCCCAUAGAGACUGUGGAAAUCCGAGGCCAAGCUCAAAGCUUUAUCAAUGGCCCUUUCAAUGGUGAUAGUUUUCAUAUAUCUUCUGCAACAAAUCUACCACCCCAAACAAGUCUCUAACUUCCUCUGUAAUGUCAGGUCUGUUGGCUAUUUAUACGCAUUAACUUUGGCAUAGAUAUCUAUUCUCCUUUUUUAUAUUGAAAAAUUUAUUGAUUGCUUUUGAAUGCACCAAGCAGAUAUGUAGAUUCUUGACAGUGUAGUAAACUAAGAAACUGCUGUACUCUCUUGAAAGCCAUGAGAAAAAUUAAAUACUAUAAUUUAUUUCAUAGAUAUACUUCUGGAAGCUAUGGUAGAGAGACAUUCAUUGUUGAAGGGAGGCUUAAAAACAGACAUUCAAUUGAAAUAUAGGAAAGCAGCCCAAUUAAGGGUUGGAUUAUGAAGAUAAAUUUGCCUUGGCCAGUGUUUCUGACCCUUUGUUCUAUAGGAUUAGUAUUAUAUUAUAGGCCCUCUGAUUUCAAACUAGUAAGGAGCUUAUUUUCCUUUA